AUGGUCCUGCACGCCCCCGGCACGCGCGCGCACGCGCGCGCGGUGGCUGCGCUGGGCAGGGCCGUCUUGCGCCGCACAGGAGGUCGCGCCUACACGGCCGUGUCCGCGGCCGAGGUCCUGCGCGCGCAGGCCGAGGCCGGAUCGAACAGGGAGCUCGAUCCCCGGGGCGUCGAUUACGGCCUCUUCGAGUCGCCCUCCGGCGAGUACGUGCACCAGUCGCGCCUCGCGCCGCGCAUAUCGACGAGUCCCGCGGGCGUGGACACCAUGCGGCGCGUCCUCCAGGACGGCGACUAUGCGGGCGCCGCGCACCUCUUUGCGCAGCUGCGGGCGCUCGGCACGCCGCUUGCGGCGCCGCUCGUCGAGUACGCCUACGCGGCACGCUGGUGUGCGGCGUCGCAGCGCGCCGACGAGGUCGUGCCGUUCCUCGAGCGCGUUCCCGCCCAGGCCGCCCACAGCGCCGCGGCCAUGCACCAGGUGGCGCAGGCGCUCCUGCUCCUCGCGCGCGAUGCUGCGGCGCUGCCUGCGGCUGAGAGAGCCCUGCUCGUGGCGGCGGACCGCGGGUUCACACAGGCCCUCCCGCGCGCCCUCACUGAGCUGUACCACGGACCGCUCGGCGGCUCCCCGGGCGCCGAGGCGCUGUGGCGCUCGCUCGUGCCGCGACUGCGCGCGGCGGGCGCGAGCGAGGCCACGCUCGCCUCGCUCUUCGCGCGUGUCGUGCGGGCGCAAGUGCGGGCGCGCCACGCGCCCCUGCACGAGACGCUGCCGAGCACGUCUGCGGCGCCCGUGUCCUUUGCGCUCGAUGCGCGCACCCGCACGCUCCUGCAGCGCGAUGCGCUGCGCGCACCGCUCAUGCUGCCGCACGACCAGGCGCGCUUUGCGCACUAUGCCGAGGCGCGCGACCUGAUGCGCAUGCGCAGCGUGCUGCUGGGCGCCGUGUCGCGCGGCUACGUGCCGCCGCUCGAGCUCCUGUCCACCCUGCUCGCCAUGGCGUCGGCGCACACGCACAUCCCCGCGUCGGGCGCGGCGCCCUGCUCGACGGGCACGUACCUGCGUCCUCUGCGGCGGCGACUGCAGGCGUGCCCGGGGCUCUGGGAGACAGCCAUGCUGCGUGCGCGCGAAAAGGCCGGCGACUGGCGCGGCGCCCUGCGCCUAUGGCAGGCGCGCGCGGCGCGGCCGGCCGCGCAGCGGGCGGUGCGCGCGCGCCUUGUGCCGACGUCCUACGCGGUCGCCACUGCGCUGCGCGCGCUGGCGCAGGGAUGCGGGCCGCAGGCGGCGCCGCUUGCGCAGGCGUAUGCGGCGCUCGUCGCGCAUGCGCGUGCAGGUGCGCGUUCGUUCCGAUGA